AUGAAGGAGAGCAACCACUCUACGCUUAGGAGAGGCAUCCUUAAGGCUAUGCCCCUCAUGGACUCUACCACCUGCACAAGCAUCAGAAAUGGAAAUUCUAUAGCAUUUUGGAAGCAACAAUGGAUCGAGGCAGGACUGGUGCUGGAAGACUUCUUGACCUCGAACCUGGACGAUGAUGAAAGGGAUGCCCCUGUGUCUCAACUUAUUUUGCCCUCCGGGGAAUGGAACUGGGAACUUUUAAACGGAAAGCUCCCUGAUGAAAUUCUCCCCCUCAUUGCAGGUACUGAUAUACCAAAAGCUGAUAUGGGAAAUGACAAGACUAUCUGGGGCUUGGAAUCGGAUGGACGUUUCAGACUCAAAUCGGCCUACAAAUUGGCUGUGGAGGAGCUAUACGAGGUGGUAGGAAACAAUUGGAAGAAACUGUGGAAGUGGAAAGGCCCGUGCCGAAUCAACACUUCAUUUGGCUGGCCUUCCAUGAGAAGCUGCUUACAAACAAAGAAAGAGCACGCAUAA